AUGACAUAUACAAAUCGUGUACAAAUAGUUGUACUAAGCAUCGAUAGUUCGACAAACCACGUACACUGGUGUAGCAUAAUGUUGGGACCAUGCAGCCUAAUAUCGUAACUCCCCGGUCCAAUUUGUCAUCAUCCUUGAUCGUACGGCAAACUGUUCCAACGGAUGCCAUCAUUAUCGUGACCUAAGUGAGGAGGGGGCCUGGUAGGUGGACUGGCCGUGGUCGUGGAGGUCGAGAGAGAACUCGGAUGGACCCGUGACGGCAACGCGGUCUUCACGGGUCCGCUGAUGGGAGUUCCAUUUGCUACAGAAGCUCAGAGCUUGAUGAAGCUCUUGGCCAAGCGACAGGGACCGGUGAUCGAGAGGGGAGAGCAAAAUGGGGACGGAGUUGCCAUCCAUGGGCGAGGAGGGGCUCUGAGACAUAGUCAACACCGUCUUGGAUAACUGCAUGACGGAAAAGAACAGCCUCUGGUAAAGUGACAGGUUCUCUUCAGUCGUGUUGACGUGAGUGGCCCCUGUGUGCUCGUCUGUCGUCACGAAUGGAUUCUCUUGAGAGAGGAAGCUCUGCAGGCCGUCCAAUGCUGCAAUGGCAUCCCUCAUCGAAGCAAAAACUGGCGGGGGUGGUCCAUAGGGAAGUGACGGAACAAGUGGUGAUGCAGACGGUUGCCAAAUAAAGUCCGCCUGUCCUCCUGUCCCAGUGGAUUCGCCUGUUGCACCAGUGUCCCAGCGUCGCAUCUCCGACAGUUGCUGUAGGAGCAGGCGCUGUUGUGGCUCCGACAGGCUCCGCAGCUGACUGAGAACAUGCUGUCGGCUUUCGGGGCUCUGCACCAAUGCCUGUAGGACUUCCCGCAGCUGUUCCGGGGUCUCGUGACUGGGGGCAGACGAGGGAGGCUGAACACCGGUCGCUCCUUCACUGUUCUGAGAGCCGGCUGGAGGGGGCGCGUACUGCUCGUUCUGAUUUACAACAAUGUAGCUUCUGUGGAUGCUGCUAGUUCUUGUAUAGACGACGUACCUGUGGCGACUCUACUAAUAUGACGCCCUACACAGAAUGACAGCACACGCCAAUUCGUGUCACAGCAACGCUUAUUUUGUGCAUACCUCAAUGGCAGGAAGAUCGAUGCCGUCAUUCCUGUGGUAUUUCUGAUACAUCUUGUAUGACAACAAGCAUGUAGAAGAACACACACAUCCUCUUCAUUGUCUAACGUUGAUUGCCAUCGCUUCCUUGCUCACCUUGUACCUCAUUCCUGUGCGGCGCUCGGCCUGGCCUGAAAAGGGGUUGAAAGCAAUCGAGAAAUAGCCUACCAUGGAUGAAGGGACAGAAGAAUUUGCCUACCAUGGAUAAAGGGACAGUAAUAGCGAUGACAAUGCGAGUUCCUCUGAUACGCAACGCAGUCUACUGUCUUGUAGAACCUACAACAGACGCACAUACGACACAGAGGAGCCCUCUCGCCCUCCACGUGUGGCCUACAAGGGAUGGUAGAAUACUUCCUCGGCAGAAUGUGCAUAGGGACACCUGACAGAGGAAGUGGUUCGAGGGUCAACCGACAAAUUUGCGGACUCACUUGUUGCCCUUCGUGCAGUGGUUCGCACGGAUGGACUCCUGACAUACCAAUUAGCAAUUACACCAGCCAUGUCAGGCGGCAACGAGUCUUCAACAACCCACCUUUUCGAAGUCCACAUCGACAAGGUUGCAUUUGAUCUGACAGUACUUGAUGCAGUCUCUCUUGUUGUGGUAGAAGACCCUCCGCCGAUUCCAUUCGAUGUUGUGAGAGUAUUGGCACCUAAUGAUCGUGAUGAACAGCAUGCAGAGGUCAAAAUGGAGAAGGCUGCGACUUCGGUAUUACCUGUCUUUGCCGAAGUCGCAGCCUGUUCCACCUGUCAGCCGUUGACACUUGCUCGUACGGAAAGUGGCGAGGUCUUCCUCGCUCAACAGAGGCGUGUAAGCCAUGGGGUUGUCGGCACGUUUAGACGCUCAGAGAUGAUGAAAACCGACAGACGCCAGCUCUGACGAUGCAGAGCACCAGGAUUGGUGGCGCCCGGGAAGGGGGAGAAUCGUGGAG